GUUGAAUUCACCAAACAUUUCAAUAAUAAUAAUAAUGAAAGUUUAUAUUUCCUCAUAAACAAAUCUUUGGAAGUCUUGAAUAAUGUGAGGAGCCCAUAGAUUGUGAGUUGGCAUUCCAAAGGUGAUGAUUCAAACUGCAAUUUGAGAAAGAGAAUUGUCGAAAAUGUUGGAUUCUUCCCCUGAAGAUGAAGACUUUCCAGGUCGUCUUCUACACCAGGCUGCCCUAUGGGACAACACAGAAUUGCUAGAAGACCUCCUGGCAGGGGGUCAACAGAGUUUUAUAAAUUCUCAGGACAGCUGGGGCAGGACCCCUCUACAUGCAGCAGCUAUAACUGAAAAGUCCAAAUGCCUAGAGAUUCUCCUCAUUUCUGGGGCAGAUCCAAAUAUUCGUUGUGGGCCAAGAGGAGAAAAUAAGACUCCUCUACAUUUGGCUUCAGAACAUGGUCAUUGCAGAAAUAUCUCUACUCUUUUGCAAUAUAAUGCCAAUCUCCUAUUAGGAGACUGUAAUGGCAUGACUGCUACUGAUUUGGCUGAUAAAGGUGGUCAUAUGGAUUGUGUGAGUUUACUGAAGGAAGCCUUUGAUGCCAAAGAGAAAGCAAGACUGGACAUCCACGGGGCUAUCAGGGACGCCUGCACUCGUGGAGAUGUCAAUUCGGUACAACAGAUUUUGGUCUCGCUACAAAAAGAUGCCGAACUUAUCGUCAACAUGGCGCCUAGCGGAGCUAACACUCUUUUAUUCACAGCCUGUCAGAUAGGUAACAGAGAUAUAGUGAAGAUUCUGUUAGAUAACGGAGCUGACGGUAGAUGUCACUCUGUUACGAAAUAUUCCCCACUGUAUAUAGCUUGUUAUAGUGGCCACAGGGAUAUUGUGGAACUGUUGCUGAUAAGAUUUCCCGAAUUAGUACAGAUACACACUGUAGAAAGAUGGUUACCCAUACACGCAUGUUGCAUAAAUGGCAACGUUGCCGUUUUGGACUUGCUGUUCCACUUUCCUUACCCAUCUAAGAUGUUGAGAAAAUAUCGUGAUAAUUCGGAACAAUGGGAAUACCAAAUGCCAUUUGACGUGAACGAAAGGGACGCUACUGGGCAAAACAUACUGUACGUUGCCUCAUUGCUGGGCAACAAAAAAUUGUUAGACGUGAUACUCAAGUUUAGAGUAAAAGCUUCACGAAUUGCUCAGUCAGAGGAUGAUGAUUUGACACCUUGUUCAGAGAACAGUAAAAUAUUGAGCCCAACACGGAAAAGGAUAUCUGAUGGAAUCAUAUCUAUCAUGUCCAAAUUGAGUUUUUCCAGAGAAAAUUCUGCAGAAGAGUUGGACAAUGACCCAAAUACGAAGAUGAUAUGCCCUUUGAAAAUUGACAUGUAUUGCAACAACAAUACAGAAACUGCUCUACAUGCUGCUGUCAAAGGGAAACACUACGACAUCGUUUUAGUCCUGCUCAAAAAUGGGGCCAGUGCUAAUUCUCUCAUCAAGGCCUACCAUGAUAUUAACGAGAGUUCGGCAUGUUGUUCCGUCGAAGAUGACACGAAUUAUGGACAUUCCACCGGAUUGGUGGAGGCUUGCCGUAACAGGGACGUUCCCAUAGUAGAUUUGCUUUUAAAAUAUGGCGCUAGAGAUGACGAUUGUAAGGCAUUGUCAGUGGCUGUUGAUAAUAACGACGAAGCACUGAUUGCCAAAUUAUUAUCCACUAAAGCUCAUCCAGACCCGGAGUUCAAGAUAAACAAAAAAGCGAUGACCGAAAAUGUGAACUCCUCCCAAUUUACCAUAUUUUCCAAUAUCACUAACCUUACUUAUUCAUCGCUUUUUCCUAAUACUCCUACUAUGAUCAAUUGGCAUAAUCAAAAGUGCGAUUUGACCCAGAUAAAGACACAAUGGCUGACGGAUGCCGCUUUGCAUUUGAACCAGAAAUUGAAACAGAACCCUAGGAAUUAUGAUAUCGCCCUGUAUGCGAUUACCAGGCUGGAUAUAUCCAAUAACUGCUUGACUUCGGUUCCUCUAGCUGUAUUCCAGUUAUACAGUUCAAGGUACUUGAACAUGGCCCAGAACAGAAUAUCUAAAUUGCCUAUACCAGUGGCGUCGCCGGUGAAAAAAGGAUACAGAAAAAAACUAGCGAGAGAAGAAGACCAAAAGUAUUGUUGCCCAGUCUUGGAAGAACUGUAUCUGCAAGACAACAGAUUGGAUCAAAUCCCAGAGGCGAUUUUCAAACUACCCUCGUUGGUUACCCUCGUCGUCUCCAAUAAUAAGUUGCAGUAUUUGCCGUACAAUCUUUGGUUAGCACCAAAGUUGAAAGAAUUGAAUGCCUCCUUCAAUUUGUUGAAGGAAUUGCCAUCAGAGAAUAAGGAGGAUCUUGACAGAAUGAGUGUGAGCUCUAGUGACAGUCAGCUGUCAUGUCAUACGGAACCGGACUCGGAGUCUGAGCUCUCGGACUUUGAACUGGUGACCAAGUUGAAAGUUUCAGAGGAAGGUGUACAAUCUGUUCGAUACAGAAAAAAGGAACGUUCUUAUAUCCAACUGGAUUUGAGCAAGCACCACAUCUGGUCGAAAUCCGUCGAAGUCACCGAACAAAUUCUCCACAACGAUGACAACAUAACGGAACAUUGCUCCCAACUAUCUUCCCUCAAUCUCGCUCAUAACCUCUUCACCAGCAUUCCCGUCGUUCUGCCUUGCCUGGCUGUUAAUUUGACCAGGCUCAAUAUGGCCUUCAAUUCGCUGAGAUCGAUGAGUCACAUCACCGGCUAUCCGAGCUCGUUGAAGCAGCUGGAUUUGAGUCAUAACGAGAUCAGCGUGUGGCCGAGUCUGCCACAAGUCGAGGCUAGAGACGACAUGGAGCUGGCGAAUUUGGCGUGUUACGCUGCUGUGGGAAGCGGCUUCAGAGGGAAAACUCCGGAUAUCGUCGCAAGGAGACAGUCCAGAUCGGUGAGACAUAGCGUCUUGCAUUCCGUGUGUUCCCACAGAAGACAUUUGAGGUUAGAUAACUUGCGGACUUUAAUUUUGGCCGAUAAUAAAUUGACCAGGAUACAGUUAGCUACUGACGACGAUGGAGAUAUUAGUAGUACCGAUGAUGAAGAAUUAGAUCGGGGAUCUCAGAUCGGGAAAUCCAGGUUGAUGUUUCCGAAUUUGUCCAUGCUGGAUAUCAGUAACAAUAAUCUGAGGGAGAUACCGUUGAAUAUAAGUGAUCUCAAUAAUCUGUCGGUGCUGAACAUAAGUGGAAAUUUAAACAUAAACGAGCUGCCACCGCAGAUGGGCCUUCUCUCCCGUCUUUGGAACUUGAAUACUCGCGGUACGGAUCUGCAGGACCCCCUAAAGUCGAUGAUCGACGGCAAAAAGUACAAAACGAUGGACGUCAUCGGGUACCUCAAGUCGGUUCUCGAAGAUGCGAAGCCGUACGCUCGCAUGAAGCUGAUGAUCGUCGGGGUGCAGGGCAUAGGAAAGACGAGUUUGCUGGAGCAGCUGCGGCAGGAGGGAACGACGAGGAAACGGCCCGAGCACUGGGCGAAACGGAUGGGAAACAAAAACAUAAACGCCAAAACUUCACGUGGCACUAAUAUGUCCACAGUUGGCGUAGACAUCGGAGAUUGGGUGUACGAGAAGAAAGUAAGGAUGCAAUCCUCGCACGGACCUGUCGUAUUCAGAACCUGGGAUUUCGGUGGACAAAAAGAGUAUUACGCCACCCACCAGUAUUUCCUCUCGAAAAGAAGCCUAUACCUGGUGGUGUGGAAGAUACCGGACGGCCACCGAGGCAUCAACGAGAUCCUCCAAUGGCUGGUCAACAUCCAAGCGAGAGCCCCCAACUCCCCCGUGUUGAUAGUCGGCACCCACUACGACGUCGUACAGGAGUUCAACCCGAACAUGUCCGAGGAGUACCAGCAGAUUAUCCGGGACAGGUUCAUAAACAUCGUGGAUGCGGAAAAGUGCGGUUUACCGAGGGUUCUGGACACUAUCGAGGUCAGCUGCAAGACCAGGCACAACGUGAAGCUGCUGUGCAACUUGAUUUACGAUACGGUGUUCAGCCUCCGGCCGGCGGGCAGCAAGGAACUGCUGCUCGAGCACAAAGUCCCUGCCACUUAUUUGGCCCUCGAGGACGUCGUCAACGGCAUAGCGGCCGAGAGAAAGGCGAACGGGCUGGACCCGGUGCUGGACGCCGAGCAGUACCGACAGUCGGUCACUGUGGAGAUGCUGCAACGGUACAACAAGACGUUCCGGGAUUGGUCCGAGUUGCACCAAGCGACGUUGUUCUUGCACGAUAACGGUGUUCUGCUCCAUUAUGAGGACGCAACCCUCAAAGACCUCUAUUUUCUCGACGCCCAAUGGCUGUGCGAUAUGUUGGCCCACGUGGUGACCAUAAGAGAGAUAAACCCCUUUGCUCGAACAGGUGUUAUGAAACUGGACGAUCUGAAACACAUAUUCAAAGCCAGCAACAUCGGACCCAUAGAUACCAGAGGUUACAUCGUGAACCUCCUGAACAAAUUCGAGGUGGCCCUCACAUGGGACUCGAGGACGUUGCUGAUCCCCUCUCUGCUACCCUCCGAAGAGGACAUCCUGAUGGCGCAGAUCUACCCUGGCCAAUUCCAUCCGAUGGUGAGGGUGAAGGUCCCGCUGCGGUCCAGAGGAUGGGCAAUUAGGAACAAGAAGGUCACCGUCUCGCCCAAAAGCGUGCUUUAUAGGGAUUCCAGCGCAAACAGGGCUUUCGAGCUGAAUAUGCCUAAUAGUGUGGCAUCGCCAGCUAACAACGUUUCAGUCCCGGAUGACCCUCUUUACCGGCUGAAAACCCAAUCCUCGGACAAAUCCAUGACUCGCCUGCUCCUCAUGUCUUACUUCCCUUCGGGCUUCUGGUCCCGACUGAUUUCCCGGAUUUUGGCGGACGAUUCGAUCAUCGACAUCGUCCGGUCGUUCUUCAUGUUCCCGAAGGAGAUCGGCCAGGAUUUGGAGCUGGUGAAAGUGCUGGAUUUGAAGGCGGAAUGGGUGUUGUGGCAGACCGGUUUGCAAUUGAAGUACGGUGAUGUGACGCUGUUUAGGAUGAAGGAAGUUUUGCACAAUUCUGCGGCGUUUUAUAAACAAUUGAGAUUUCGUAUAAAACAAGAAGGCACAUGGUGCGACGUCGACCUACAAACCACUUCCAUCUUGGAAAUCCACUUUCCCGUGGAAUCUCUGGUGGUGGAACCCGCAUCAGCCGACGCAAAAAGCAAAGAUUUACUGGUGAUCGAACCAUCCACGGAAUGCACCGCCCAACUGUUGGCUUUGACCGUCGACCACAUCGACAUCCUGCUCGAGGAUUGGUACCCGACAUUAGGCACCAGGUUUGUGCACACUUCGGAGGGUAAAUUUCUGGUGACUCGAUUAGUGCCUUGUCCUCGAUGUUUGGCACAAGCAGAGGAUGGCGAGAAGAAUUUCAACGAGUUUCCACCGACGGUGGAUGUUGUGAAUCAGGAACAUGAGAAUGGAUUCGAUAUUUAUAGAACGCGAAAAUCACAGGAAUCUUACACUUCCGAAUGCGACAGCGGAGUUGGACAAGAAUCCGAAAGCUCUAGUAGAAUGCCAUCUGUGGAAGGACAUCCAGGCGUUGCCGCAGAAGACGAAAAACCGGUUUAUUACACUUGGAUGGUGGAGGAGUGCAUUUUGGAGGCGUACGGGAGCAAAAAAGUAGUUUGUCCCGCUCACGGGGACUGUCCUCUAUCUAGGAUAGCACCCGAUACGAUAUUCAUGGACUUGGGGGAACGGUACAUCAUCAAACCGGAGAACAUAAAGAAGGGUCGUCUGUUGGGCCGAGGCGCUUUCGGGUUCGUCUUCAAAGGCACUUGCCGUAUCAGAGGCUCCAACACGACCAUGGACGUGGCCAUGAAAAUGUUGCAGCCCGUCCAACCUGGGCCGAAUGCCAGACAAUCUGCCGUUAUAGCCUUCAAGGCAGCUCAAGGUAAAUGGGACAGAGACCCUUUGCAGUACGCUUGCAAGGCGUACUGCACCGCUCGACAAGAACUCAACAUCCUGUUAUCCUUGAAACACCCGAACAUCGUACCGUUCGUGGGCGUUUGCACCAGCCCUUUGGCCCUAGUAUUAGAUCUGGCCCCGCAGGGGGCGCUCGAUCUGGUAUUGAGGCACUACAGGCGGUCGGGGGCCAAAGUGGGCCCCUACACCCUACAAGCCAUCAUUUUGCAGGCUGCUAAAGCCAUCGAGUAUUUACAUCGCCAGCAUAUCAUCUACAGGGAUCUCAAGUCGGAAAACGUGCUGGUUUGGGAAAUGCCACCACCUUUCGUGGACCAUCCAGAUCAUCCGGUGCACAUUAAAGUCGCCGAUUACGGUAUAAGCAGGCUGACCCUGCCGUCCGGCACGAAGGGCUUCGGUGGCACGGAGGGCUUCAUGGCGCCGGAAAUCAUGCGGUACAACGGCGAGGAGGAGUACACCGAGAAGGUGGACUGCUUCUCCUUCGGCAUGUUCGUCUACGAGCUGCUGGCGCUGCGACAGCCCUUCGAGGGCCACGAGUCGGUCAAGGAGUGCAUCUUGGAAGGGGGCAGGCCGCCCUUGACUUAUCGCGAGACCUUGUACCCUAGCCACAUCCUCGACCUGAUGGUGCUAUGCUGGUCGCAGCAGCCGAAGGACCGACCGUCGGCUAGCCAGAUCGUCUCGAUAGCCAGCGCGCCGGAGUUCACGCACUUGUGCGACGUCGUCUCGUUGCGUCAUCAGGCGCCGGUGGUAGCGUCGGCCAGCGCCGCCUUGACCCACAUCACAGAUGAUGGCCUGUCGGGUUCAGAGAUGUGGUUGAUGUGCGCAAACUCCCGCAUCGACCUGUUGCUAGCAGCAGAACGCGGCUGGCUGCAAUACCACACGAUGACGCUGCCCGUUCGGCCUACGGCUGCCUGCACGGUCGCCGAGUCCGUCUGGAUAGGGGAUUAUUCUGGAAGGAUCCAUGCCUACUCUGCAAAUGACGGCCGAAAACUGUUCUUCUACACGCUGGACACCGAGGCGAACACCCAAGUGGAGGCCAUGCUGCAUCUGCCUCAGUUGAGGCGGGUGGCUUGCUCGCUGUCGAACGGCCGCCUCUUCUUGGUCAACUCGGAGGCGAAGCCUCUCACCCCCACCGCCGCCGAGGGUAGUUUCGUGAUGACCGAGCUAGGGUCCUCGUCCAUCGUCAAUUGUAUGUGCGCGGUGUUUAGACAAGAAGACGAUUCCUGCGAACUCUGGUGCGGCGAAUCUUCUGGCCAGAUCUCGGUGUACGUGAUCAAAGAUCACGUGGUGGUGGGUCACGAGGUGCUCAACCACUAUCGACCGCUCAUCGAGAAAGUGGACGUCACCAGCAUCAUAGCGGUGGAGAAGAACGUGUGGUCGUACGUGCGGCCCGGCUGUGUCGUCUACCAAUGGGACGCGAGGACGAAGGGCAUCGUGAACAAGCUGGACUGCAGCAAGCUGGUGCCCUGCUCGGAGAGUCUGAAGUCGAUAGCGAUCGAGGAGCAUCUGAGUCCGACGAAUUGCCAGGUGACUAGCCUCGCGUCCCUCAACGACGAGCUGUAUAUCGGCACCACGUGGGGCUGCGUCAUCGUCGCCGAACGUUUCACCCUUCGACCAAUCACAGUGUUCCGUCCCUACGAAGAGGAGGUGCGAGCCAUCGUACCUUUAUCCAACGACAAAUCUGCCCUCAUUGCCACCAUCGGCAAGGGUUACAGGAACCUUUUGGCGAGGUACGCAGACGUGCCGCAACAGGUGGCAGGGACGCCGCUGGUGAGCCCGAUGGCGGGGGGGAGUUGCGCAGUGGGGGGCAGGGCGAACAAUAUGUUCGUGUUGUUGUGGCGGGCGGAGCAUUGGAAUGCUGCCUAAUGGGGAAGUUUCCUUCCGAUGAAUUUUCAUGAAAUAAGUUCGGAACUUUCCAGUUCUACGUCCAUGCUGUACAGAAUAGCGACCGAUAGAGUCUAAGUCGUUUUUCUUUUUGAAAUUAAGGCAAUUUCUAAUUCUCGGGGUGGCAAUCUGUGACGUACAUUCUGAAUCUAGUCUGAAAAUAGCUGAUGGUGAAGAAUAUAGCUAGCGAAUAGCUAACCACAAAUGUACUCGGAGCAGGAAUGCAGAGGGUAGUCGGCUUCAUUCCGACAGGUUUUGGUUCUGUUAUUUAUGCAUUGAAAUAUCUCGAAUAGAGCUCGAUCCUAAACGGAAAUAUCAUUGAAUCAAUGAAUUACUAUCGGCUACAUUUAAUGAUACUAUUCUUCCUUAUUCACUGUCAUUGGUCAGAGCAGAAUGAAGCCGACACCCAUGGCUCCUUCCUCUGGUUGUGCCUGUCAGUCUACAACUUUCCUAGAAAACAGAUCCGUUAUCAUCAGUUUUAUUAAGGAACGAAGUCAUUAGCAAAAAAUGACUGACAAGUUAUGAAUAAUAUAUCGUGAAUAUAACGAUAGUGAAAAAUUAUAGAUACUAUCGCAAAAUGUCAUAAUUAAUCUUUAUUAGUAGUCAACUUCAUUCAGCCAAUGAGAGAUUUAUGGGAAUUAUUCAUAAUACUUGACAAAGUAUAUGAUUGAAGAACCUAUUAUAUCCCAUUUCUGUUUUGAUAUAGUUAUUAUACAUAUUGAUGAUGUUGGCAACGUUGUACUGCUAAUCGUAUUUUAACUCUGUGUGAAUAUGGAUUUUCAGAAAGUACGUCAUAGGAAUGGUGAAGGAGCCAGGUUCCUCUUUUAUUUAUUUUUUUAUGAAGUGAAAUUUGAUCUUACGAAAAAAAAUAAUGAAUGGUAGCGCACUUAACGAACUUAACGACAAUUUUUUUCAGCCACCUGUUCGACCGGAAGUGACCCCAACAUUUUUUUUUUAAAUGUCACUCUGUACAUUUCUUCAGUCUAUCUUUUUUGACUUGAAAUUCUCUAUCCAACCAUGUAUCACAAAGUGGCAUUUAUUUCUUGAUUCGCUGUUGAAUUGCUUUUUAUUCAAAAAGAAUAAGUUGGCUGUGACAUGAAUUCCAUGAUAUAUCGACACUUGGUGGGCUUUGAAAUUCAAAUAUCAUUAGUAAACCGAUAUUAUUCAAAAUUUUUCGAUAUUCUAAUCAAUGUCUGCAGGUUGUCAAUAUCUUGUUUGAGUCAAGAUGAAAACCUUCGAAAAUAACUCAUGAUAUUGAGGAAUCUAAGAUAGGAACAUAUUUUUUCGAAUUCAGCUACUCGUACAGAAACUAUCUGUCUUUUAUUUUCGCCAUGUACCUAUCACAUGAUCUUCCCAUUUGGAAUAAUAAAACUAAAAUUGUUCCUCUUAUACGAUGAUCCACAGGGCUAUCAGUCUAUUUUUUCAUGAUUAUUUCACUUAGUUGGCGGUGCACCUACACAAAAUGUUUGGUGUGUUUGACAGUUAAUCGAUUGCAUCAAUAAUUUUUCUUCUUCAUUUGUGUGUUGAUUGAAAUUGCAUAUUAACAACAUAUCGACUUUUUCGUUUCUUGAAUACAUUUAUUUAGGUUGGUUUACUAGAUCUGGUAACAUAUCUUAGGUUAGGUUACUAGAUCUGGUAACAUAUCUUAGGUUAGGUUACUAGAUCUGGUAACAUAUCUUAGGUUAGGUUACUAGAUCUGGUAACAUAUCUUAGGUUGGGUUACUAGAUCUGGUAACAUAUCUUAGGUUGGGUUACUAGAUCUGGUAACAUAUCUUAGGUUGGGUUACUAGAUCUGGUAACAUAUCUUAGGUUGGGUUACUAGAUCUAGUAACAUAUCUUAGGUUAGGUUACUAGAUCUGGUAACAUAUCUUAGGUUGGGUUACUAGAUCUGGUAACAUAUCUUAGGUUGGGUUACUAGAUCUAGUAACAUAUCUUAGGUUAGGUUACUAGAUCUGGUAACAUAUCUUAGGUUAGGUUACUAGAUCUGGUAACAUAUCUUAGGUUGGGUUACUAGAUCUGGUAACAUAUCUUAGGUUGGGUUACUAGAUCUGGUAACAUAUCUUAGGUUGGGUUACUAGAUCUGGUAACAUAUCUUAGGUUGGGUUACUAGAUCUGGUAACAUAUCUUAGGUUGGGUUACUAGAUCUGGUAACAUAUCUUAGGUUAGGUUACUAGAUCUGGUAACAUAUCUUAGGUUGGGUUACUAGAUCUGGUAACAUAUCUUAGGUUAGGUUACUAGAUCUGGUAACAUAUCUUAGGUUAGGUUACUAGAUCUGGUAACAUAUCUUAGGUUAGGUUACUAGAUCUGGUAACAUAUCUUGAGUUAGGUUACUAGAUCUGGUAACAUAUCUUAGGUUACUUUACUAGAUUUGGUAACAUAUCUCAGGUUAGGUUCGUUUCUUGAAUACAUUUUCCGUCUCUAUUGAUAAUAUGCAAUUUAAAUCAACACACAAAUGAAGAAGAAAAAUUAUUGAUGCAAUCGAUUAACUGUCAAACACAUAAAACAUUUUGUGUCGGUACACCGCCUACUAAGUGAAAUAAUUAUGAAAAAAUAGACUGAUAGCCCUGUGGAUCAUGGUAUAAGAGGAACAAUUUUAGUUUUAUUAUUCCAAAUGGGAAGAUCAUGUGAUAGGUACAUGACGAAAAUAAAAGACAGAUAGUUUCUGUACGAGUAGCUGAAUUCGAAAAAAUAUGUUCCUAUCUUAGAUUCCUCAAUAUCAUGAGUUAUUUUCGAAGGUUUUCAUCUUGACUCAAACAAGCUAUUGUCAACCUGCAGACAUUGAUUAGAAUAUCGAAAAAUUUUGAAUAAUAUCGGUUUACUAAUGAUAUUUGAAUUUCAAAGCCUACCAAGUGUCGAUAUAUCAUCGAAUUCAUGUCACAGCCAACUUAUUCUUUUUGAAUAAAAAGCAAUUCAACAGCGAAUUGAGAAAUAAAUGCCACUUUGUGAUACAUGGUUGGAUAGAGAAUUUCAAGGCAAAAAAGAUAGACUGAAGAAAUGUACAGAGUGACAUUUAAGAAAAAAAUGUUAGGGUCACUUCCGGUCGAACAGGUGGCUGGAAAAAAUUGUUGUUAAGUUCGUUAAGUGCGCUACCAUUCAUUAUAUUAUACCCUCUGUGAAUUUCAAGAUUUUAUCUCUUCAAAUAAAAAAACUACAGGCUGCUACAUGUCUCCUUUGUCACCCGGUAUAUUAACUUUUUACAAACUUCACAGUGGGGUAAGAACGUCAAUAUAGGAAACUUUCCCAUUAUUGUUAUGCGAACCUCUCACUGAUCUAUAGAGACAUAAAAAUGAAAGGACGAUGCUAGUUCCCAGUUUAACCCAUGAUUAUACAGGGUUUUCCAAUUAAGUCGGCACUAUUUCUAACUUGGUUAUUAUUGGAGCUACAACGUCGGUUAAAUAGACAAACGAGAAGUACUUUUUCCGUUGAUUAUGAUGAUGAAAUAGGAAGGAAAUCAACAUCGCAUGUUCACGAGUUAUGUCAAAAUGUAAAAUUUUUUUCAAAGGGUACACCCAGAAUACUAUAUUCUCAAUCGAUGGGAUAGUCGAUUCUGAACAAGAACAGUCCUGUAAACUUUUAUCCUAAAUUGAAAAAUGACUGAGCUAUCGACGAUUUCUUUCAACUUUUUUGUCAAAAGGAUAACAUAGAAUCCAGCUCUAAUAAAAUCUACAUCGAGUAUAUUGACAUACGUUCUAACAGGAUGGCAAACCACAGAAGGAAAACCAGUACUGACGUUUAUAAAUACUGCUCAGGUGUCUCAACUAAUUUUAAUGCUCUUUCAUUUUGGUGUUUAUAGAUCACUGAGAUAUCUUGGUUUUAUUGACCUUUUUGGGCUUGAUAUUAUAUCGAUUUUAGAACUGGUAAGCUGUAAGUCAUUGAAAUAUGUACACAAUGGAAGUUUUCAUGUCUCGUAUUGAGGUGUUUCUGUUGUCGGUCUCUGUUUGAGUGUUUGACAUUCGUCACAAAAAUAUAGUAGCGUCUGGGGAGUAUACUUGCCAUAAAUCUUAAAAUGGUGGGGGGAGUGCAGCGUUGCUAGUUAUCGCUUCUUCGUUUGAAUACUAGCGCCUAUAGAGACAGGAGAUAACAAAUUUAAUCACACUAAAUUCUCUCUUCAUACUACAACAGUUACUACGACUCGUGGCGUAGUUGACUGUGCGUAUGAAUCUCACGUCAGCGACCCGGGUUCAAUGCCUGCAACGGUCGGCUUUUUUUAAUUCUGUUUUCUCAAAUGAUUUUCCGAAAAAUAUAAUUUUUAGGAAGAAGGUUCAUUUAGGCCGAUUAAGGUUAGAUGAUUUAAAAAAGUGUCCUUUUUUAUGCAGGAGGGAUAGUACUAAAAAGUACUGUCUUUUUAGGAAGAAGGUUCAUCUGGGCCGAGUAAGGUUAGAUGGCUUGAAAAAAGUAGUGUCCUUUUUUAUGAAGGAGGAAUCAGCUCAAGAUCGUCAAGUUAAAGAAAAUUAGCACAAUCGGGGAACAUUGAUAUAACUGACACGGGAUUACGCGAAGUCCCCCCUUCCCACUAUUCCAUUUUAUGACGCAGACUCCGCAGACGCAAGUAAAAAAUAUGAGCAUCUGCAAUUUAUCCUUUAUUAUUUUCAUUUUGCGUUUCCAUAGAGUCAAAUUCUAUUCCCAAAACCAUAGCACCAACCAGAGAUUAUAUCCGAUUGUAAAAACAAAAAAGCAACUGUAAUUAUUCAUCAGAUUUUCAACCAUUGCGUCAGCGAUUGUCAAUUUUUUUUUCGAUUGGCAUCACAUGUUUUUUUUUCUGUUGGAGAUUUUUUCUUGAUACAAUGAUGUAUGACAAGAGAAAUGUAAUUUUUAAUAUAUGAAGGGAAAUGCGAGACAUCGGGAAUACCCCUGAUGUUUUUAACACUUUGUUGAUGUUUUAAUAUGACUUUUAUAUUGACUAGGAGGGAACCAUUGACAUUUCAAAUAAUUCAUUAACGAAUUCAAUAUAGGUAUGUGGUGAGUUUUACCUAAGUAUCUUUCUGUAUAUGAUAUUAAUCGAUAUUUUUAUGCAAUCCGUUGUAUCUGAUCAAAUUUUAUUAUACCACAUUUUAUGAUCAAUUUUUACACAUUUCUGUUCUUUUGUAUUGUGAUCUUUAAUUUUAAGAGACUGUUUAAAUAGACUGUGAUGAUGUUUCUUGUCAUUUAUUUUAUUCAUUGGCUAAAUGAAAAUAAAUAUUUGUUUUCUCACCUA